UUUUAGGUUAGGUGUUCAGUUUCAGUUUCAGCCACUUGACACUCGAGUCGACCCUAAGUAUUUUACACAACUACAUUGUAGACUAUUAUUGAAUUUAUUGUUCGUCGCUGUCAGUUCUAUUCAGUACCUGCAUGUAAAUUUUAUUUGUUCUGCGACUAUUAGAUGAUCCAUCAGCUGUCAGAUGUAACUUUUUAAUAACGUUUUCUUACCAAAUCCGUAGUGAUGUAAUUUAUUUUGCCUUCAAUUAAUAAGAUGGACACCAGCAUUAACUGUUCUGUGGACAGGAACUUAUUGCCAUAUGAUACUGCCUGUCUGCUAAUAAAGAAUAGUUUACCAUAUCCUGUUGAUUUGUUCUCUGUGUCCACUGAGUGUUAUCAGUGUAAUGGAACCUACUGGACCACAGUGCCUCUUCUGGCCGAUCUAUCAAUGUUGGUGUCGGCAGCUCAUAAACUCACCCUGACAGCUAUAAUACAAGGCAACAGGCAAAGAGUAUGUCAAAAAUCCGCUCUGUUUACUCAACAUGAAGUUGUGUCUUGGGACAUCCUAAACUGUACGCUUACUACACAAGAGAAGGGUGACAAUGUUUUCCUCCCUUUGUACUUUUUCACUGGUUUUGUGGUUAGCCUGAUGUUGCUACUCACAAUUUGCAAGGCUGCUUAUCACUCUCGAUGGGCUCAAAACCUGUUAACCCGCGAUCCAGCCAUCAUCGAUUUGCAAAAUGAUCUGGGGAAUCCCAGCUCAUCAUCUGAUUCAUUACCUCUGGUUCAAUCAGAACUGAUACCUCUGCGAAGACUAAAUACUCCCAGAAUAUUAUCUCUGGAUACCUUUAGAGGGUUGACCAUUGCCCUGAUGAUAUUUGUCAACUAUGGCGGAGGCAAAUAUUGGUUUUUCGAACACUCAGCUUGGAAUGGUGUAACUAUCGCUGAUUUUGUGUUUCCUUGGUUUGCCUGGGUGAUGGGAGUUAGCCUAGUGUUAAGCUAUCGCAGCAAGUUGCGGUCAUGUGUGUCACGACGUGCUGUGUUCUGGGUGUCGCUGCGGCGCACAACCGCACUUGUCGCACUAGGCCUGCUUGUUAACAUGUUCGGACACGAUGAUUUGUCCACUGCACGGUUCUGCGGAGUGCUGCAGCGGCUUGGCAUGGCACAUCUGGUCGUCUCUACACUAGAGAUUACCUUUAUGAAGAAACAGCCUAGCUUUCAGGUGAGGCGCUGGCUGCCAAUAUCAGAGCUGGUUGAGUCUUGGUGUCAGUGGCUGGUCAUUAUGCUGUUGGUAGCUAUCCAUCUUGUGGUCACUUUCCACCUUCCUGUUCCUGGGUGUCCCACGGGCUAUCUGGGCCCUGGCGGUGUCGGCAACUAUUCCUGGGCCCCUCACUGUACCGGUGGCGCCGCACGACACAUAGACACUAUAAUGUUCUCUGACAGCCAUCUCUAUGAUAGUGGGCCAGUCAAGCGGGUCUAUCAUACCACGGUUCCAUUCGACCCGGAAGGUAUCCUGGGUACACUGACCACAUGCCUGACUGUGUACCUUGGUGUGGUAGCUGGCUAUAUUAUUCUCUGUUACAAUUCCACAAGACAGCGAUGUACACACUGGUUAUUCUGGGCAUUGUUAACGGGAGUCAUUAGUGGGUCCCUCUGUGGCUGGUCUCAGGAGGGCGGGCUGAUCCCAGUCAACAAACAGCUGUGGUCGUUGUCCUUCGCUCUGCUCACCUCGGCCUCUGGAUUCCUCUUGCUUGCCAUUCUGUUUGUUAUAGUUGAUCACUUCAACUGGUGGUCUGGCAGCCCCUUCAGAUAUGCAGGUAUGAACGCUAUACUGCUCUACAUUGGUCAUAUCAUUACCAGGCAUACUUUUCCUUGGAGCUGGAAGCCAUACAAUGUAACCGACCAUAAAGAGUUGUUUUUGAUGAACGUCUCGGGCGUUGUUCUGUGGCUGCUGAUCUCAAAAGUUUUACACUCUAACGAGAUUUUUUUCUCUGUUUAAAAGAGUUAUUUUAAUUUUAUCAUAUCACAAGCGACUGAAUUGCAUUUUAAUAUACUCAUAAUAAACUAUUUUUAAUAUA